CAUCAGAUCAGAACCCCUCACAAGCCUCGAGUGCUUCUGAUAGUCACAGGAGCCACAUGCAUGGGGUGAAGUUCUUUGUCUGUAUCCAGGCCAUGCCCUUCUGCCUCGACAGAUAGACCUCCCGGUGCAAAUCAUUGACUAUUGACCAUUAAUAACCAUCGCACAAACCAGACGAACUCUAGUCUGCCCCUCCAAGGCUCGGUCCUUUGUUCUGAACUAGUUCAAGGUCAGCGUUGCAGGAAGCAGGAAGGCGCAGGGACUGGGUGAAUGAAACUCAUAUAUUGAGCUCCCCUCCCCGCGCCAGUGUCUUUCUCCCUUGUCAGUGGCACACCUACAUUCAGACCAGUCAAAUCGAGUUGGUUGUCGACCGGUUGCUUGACAUUAUCAUGGACAGUUCUCUUGCGAAUCUGGCUGUGGUCGUCUGCCAUGGAUCGUACCACACGCCUGCCCCCUAUGAGGCCUUCCUCCAGGCAAUAAGGGCCCGCGGCAUCGAGGCCUACUGUCCGCAGCGUCCAUCCAGCGACCUCAGCAAGCUCAAUGUUGGCGAUGUCAAUAAUCCCGAUUUCGACCGGGGGCCUCCCGAGGGAGGCUAUCCCACCGAAGCCGACGAUGCAGAGGUUAUCGUCGAACUUCUGAAAAAGUUGAUCGACGAGGAGGGCAAAUGGGUAUUGCUAGUUGGCCACUCGUCUGGCGGCUGGGUGGCUACUGAGGCGGCCAAGCCAGAAUUACAAGCAACCACUCGCAAAGCUGAAGGAAAACAAGGCGGCGUGGUUGGGAUUUUCUAUAUGGGCGCGUUUAUCAUCCCCGUUGGAGAAUCGGUGCAUAGCUUCUUCCAACCCAAGGAUCGCCCCGUCGUCGCUCCGCCAUUCAUGAGAUUCCAUAAGCACGGUCUUGAUGGCCUGGGCACAGUCACAGAUGCGCGCCAGUAUUUUUUCAAUGACCUUGACGAAGAGUCUGCAAAGAAAUGGGCUGCAACCUUGACGGCGGGGGCUGUGAUGCCUGUGCGCCUCACAAACAACGCCUAUGCAACUGUUCCCUGCGCAUACCUCGUUCUUGAGAAAGACCAGACUCUUUCCCCAGAAUAUCAGGAGGGCAUGGUGGCCCUGCAGAACCAGAAAGGCACACCCCCCUUUACCAUGUAUUAUGCACCAUCUGGUCACGCACCGUAUCUCAGCUGGACGGAGGGACUCGUCGGUAAACUGGAAGAGUUUGCAAGAAAGGUUCUGCCAUCCCAGUAGAAAUGCUUGAGUGUAUUUGUUAGCUGCAUGUUCUCUGCAGAAAUAAGACAGAAUCUUAAUCGGUCCGAUAUACACAUCCACGACAUCAAAGUAGCUAGAGAGGAUUGACUCGGCUAGGAUAGCAACAUCGCUCCUUUGAGCGGCCAGGAGUAGAUCGAUCCCAGAGAAGCAGUAACCAUAAGUUCGCUUUUUGUGCGCAAGCCACCCCUCGAGGCGAAAGAGAAACUGUCGCUACACCAUUUCUUAGAGUUAUAUCUAGAUCACUUCACU